CUCGGCUCGGCUCGGCUCGGCUCCUCACAGGGUGGCAGCUCGCCACAGACUGGUGGUGGCCCGCCGGCGGGGUGGACGCGCUGCUGCCUCGCUAGUGAAAAGCCGCGUUUACUUCUUUGCUCGCCGUCCGUUACUCCUGUCCCCUGUGUGACUGAAGUAACUGGAAGUUUGAAGUCAUGUCCGGAAAACCGAAACUCUACUACUUUGAUGGAAGAGGCAAGAUGGAGUCAGUUCGCUGGUUGUUAGCUGCAGCUGGGGUCGAGUUUGAAGAAGAGUUUUUGGAAACCCGAGAGCAGUAUGAGAAGCUCCUGCAAGAUGGAUCCCUGCUGUUCCAGCAAGUGCCCAUGGUGGAGAUCGAUGGGAUGAAGAUGGUGCAGACCAGAGCCAUCGCCAACUACAUAGCAGCAAAGUACAACCUCUACGGGAAGGACCUGAAGGAGAGAACCCUGAUCGAUAUGUAUGUUGGAGGAACUGAUGACCUUAUGGGCUUCAUUUUGAUUUUCCCAUUCUUAUCCGCUGAGGAUAAAGAGAAACAACGUGCUGUCAUAGUUGAAAAGGCAAUCAGAAGAUAUUUCCCAGUAUAUGAAAAGGUUUUGAAAACCCAUGGGCAGGACUUUCUUGUUGGCAACAAUUUUAGUUGGGCAGAUGUUCAUCUUCUUGAAGCCAUUUUAAUGGUAGAAGAGAAGAAGUCAGACGUGCUCUCAGGCUUUCCUCGGUUACAGGCGUUUAAAGCAAAGAUAAGCAGCAUCCCCACAAUCAAGAAAUUUCUGCAGCCCGGAAGCCAGAGAAAACCAAUUUCUGAUGACAAGUACGUGGAGACUGUGAGGAGAGUUCUCCACAUGUAUUAUGACAUGAAAGCGAAUUAGUGUGCCUGGCUAAAACAACAGCUGUGCUGGGUUUAAGAUGCCUGUCAGAUUGCACGUGUCCAAUUAUACUUUAGGGAGAAGGUAAAGGGCUGUUGGAAAGGAGUUUCAAUGGGCAGUAUCUUGCGUUCGCUCAUACAAAACAAAGUAGGCAGGUGUCUUUUGUAACACUUCACUACUAGCCUGUAUUUUUCCUUCAUUCUUCUUGAGAUUUUUCUGGUGAUUUUAAGCAAGUGGAAUGGCAGCAAGCAUGCUGUCUUCCUGGAGACUUUUUUGGAAGAGAGAAAAGGAAAAUGUGAGUUGCUGACUGAAAGCUUCAGCAUGUUCUGCUGCUUCUGAGAUCCAGAUCAGAUUUUUGUAUGAUGAUUGUUUCCAGUGCAGGCCUUUGUUGGUUUUAGUAUCACUGCAGGCAAGUGAAACGAGUGUUUUUGAAAGAAAGUAGAAGGGAGGUGUUUCUCUUGCCAGUUCUGUUGGACAUUACUGACUUGUCUGAAAUGUCAGCAUUGUGCCUUUAUAACUAAGCUGCUCUGUAAUUACUGAAUUAGGAAACAAAUUGACUGCUAGGUGGUAUUUUUGUAUAACUGCUGUAUCUAGAGGAUCUUUUCUAAUCAAAUAAACUUUUUAUUUUUCUGUG